AUGGCAUCGCAAAAUAUAAAGGAAACCCACAAUCAUAGCAAUGAUGAGAUCAGCAUCGUUUGUGAGGAGCAAGUCGUUGGCGACUGCUGCAACGGCGCUGUCAACACCCUGUACAGUUCCGCCCAGGCCAGCGACGACCAGGGCGGCGUUGUCCUGUAUGGGCUAGACCAGGGCCAGGCCCCGGACUCGGAGAAUCGCUGCGGUCUUCAGCUGGCCAAGGACGACACCUGCGCUACCACUGAUAUCCCGCAGGGCUCCGCCGCCGGCGCCCUCGGCGAAGAGGGCGGCGACGAGGAUCCCAGCACUGACGAGGAGCCUACUGAUGGUGACGAUGACGGCGAGGAUGAUGGUGGUGGCGACCACGGUCGCCGCCACGCUCGCGACGUCUCUCCCAAGAAGGAGACUUGGAUCCAGAAGAACAAGAAGGCUAAGCGAUCGGAAGGCUGGCGUCAGACUCAGCACACAGCUUAUGCCGUCCGUGAUGCCACCCAUGUCUGGAAGCUUUCUCGCGACUCGGAGCAUGCUCCUGCAUACGAGGCUCUCACCGACCGCCAGGAACGAGUUGAUUUCCUCAAGCGGCACGGUGUUGCCAAGCGCCGUUAA